AUGUGUCCACAGGCGCCGAAGAAGCAGGCCCCCGGGGUGAAGAAGCCAGCAAAGGCAACGAAGGUGGUGUCGGCGGUGGCGCGCGCCAAGCCGGCGGCGGCCGCGAAGCGCCCGGCGACGCCCGCGCCGCCGCUGCGCAGCAAGAAGCACCUGCUGCGCGCCGGCGCCGGCGCCGCCUCCGCGGCCACCCCGCGCCAGAGGGCGGUCGCCGCCGCCGCAGCCGCCGCCAAGAGGCGCGGCCCGCCGGCCAAGCGGGGCCCGGCCGGCGCCGCCGCCGCCCCCGUCAGGAAGCCGCAGCAGCAGGCUGCCAAGGCGACCGCCAAGCCGGGCGGACCCAAGAAGAAGAAGCAGGCGGCCGCUUCCAAGGAGGAGCCGCGGCCGGACGCUGCGGACCAGCACGUCCCCGAGGCGCCUCCGGCCCCAGAGGCCAAGCCUACAGGGCCAGAAGUGACCGCCCCCGCCACCGCCACAGCCACUGCCGUACCGGAACCGCCGCCGCGUUCUCCGGCGUCUCCCGCGUCGACAAAAUCGCCAUCCAGUCCGCACCAGGCUGUUCUGGAAGGCUGCCCCGUACCCUCUGACGGAGCGGCUUCUCCCAAAUCGCCUCCCCUCUUUUUACCCCCGCCGGCCAGCCCCGGUGACACUUCGAAGGCUAAAGGGAAGGACAGCUCUGAAGCGAGAACCACUCAGACUGUCCCUUCAGGGAAAUCGGCUCCAAAAAACGCCGCCUCCGCUAAAGAUAGCGCCUCGAGAGUCGAAAAAGUCUCUUCCCUGUCCAAGACUUCGGCAGCAGACAAGGCUGCCCCACCGAAGUCGCCGGCUCCGGAGCGGUCUGCCCCGCAGAAGGGCUCCGGUGACAAACUGAGUUCUUCCUCCAAAGUCGCAGAGAAGAUUAGCAGUCAGUUGCGGAGCUCGACGCAAGACAAGACCAAAGUACCGCCCGCGGAGAAGUCGGGGAAGAGCUCCCCUUCGGAUAAGCCGGGGACCAAAUCCCCCACGGCGGAUAGAACAGUGUCGCCUCGAGUGUCCCCCACGACAGGUGUCGCGUCCCCGAGAUCGCCAGCCGCUUCUUCCAAUAGUCCACCUUCGCCGGCUAGCGACGCCGGCAGUAAGAAUGCGAAAGAGCCGCCUCGUGAGGAUCCGGCGAGGCGGUCCGCAGCUGCGGAGACGGGUGCGGCUCCGGCCUCGCCGUCCGGUGCCACCUCCGUCGAUAAGUCGAAAGAGCAGCAGUGGGCAGACACCGUCCACCUUCCAGAGUCACCGAACAGGACCAAGAAGUCCGGCGAGAGUGACGGGAACGCGCCCAAGACUACGGCUACCGUGGCGACCAACACCUCACCGACGACCUCGAGGAAGUCCACUAAGGAGUCCGCGGAGACUGUCGGCGGCAAGAACAGCGGCGGGUCCUCGCCCAGGACGGUGGCGUCGACCAACACGGCGACUGGAAAGAGGUCGCCCACAGAGGAGCCGACUGCCGCCACUGCGAAGUCGACAGCCAAUGCCGCCACUAACACGGUGCCGAAGAAGAAGUCCCUCUCGUCGGCGACGAGUGUGGCGGUGCUGGCGAAGAAGGUGAAGGGCCGCGCGGACGUGGGUACGCUGGCGCGGUCACAGCUUCCCGACACGGCGCCCUGCAUCCAGGAGCUGCUGCUCAUGGCCACGCAGGCCAUCAGCGCCUACACCGAAGGCGACGACGAGGACGACGACGCUGCCGCCAGGCGCGGCUCCAAAUCGUCGUCCAGUGAAGCCGGCGGCAGGGCGAAGAGGUCGGACAGCAGCGCCAGUGACGGGGAGAGGAAGAAGCAGAAGAAGAAGACCAGGAGGAAGAAGAUGCUGCUGCUCGCCUCGGACUCGAAGAACUCCGCCGGCGGAGUGGGCGGCAGUGCUGCCGCCGGUGCAGAGUCGCGUUCGCAGUCGUCGUCCCCCACCGGCAGCUCCUUCGGGAGUCCCGGCGGCGGCUACAAGCCCGCCUCCAAGAAGACCGAGCUCAAGGACAAGAUCAUCGCCAAGAUGGUGGCCGAGAAGGCAGCGUCGCUGCUGGGCGCGGCGUUCGCCAGCAGCAUCAAGAAGGGCCGGCAGGAGGAGAGUGACGGCGCGCCGGAGCAGGCCGAGCCUCUAGAAUACUCCGUGGCUGCGUACCCCGUGAUGGAGGAGGAGGCGGCGGCGGGCCCCAAGUCGUCCUCACCUGCCCACCCGGUGGACGCCAGCCCAGCAUCACAGGCUACCGACCCUCAGCCUCCUGCAGAGCCUGAGGACCGCAAGCCCACAGCUGCCGAGCUGGCCGCGGCCACGCCCUCGCCCGCGGACUCCGCGGUGGAGGUGUCUGCGGCGGCCCCCGGCGACCAGAAGGGCGGCGAGGCGGCCGGCAGCCAGCCGGAGGAAGACUCCUCCACGUCGGACGAGAUCACGCUGGACCUGCUGCUGCUGCGCCAGCAGGAGUUCCGCCGCAACCAGCAGCAGCAGGAGGAGGCCGCCGACUCGGGCAGCACGACGCCCGCGCCCGCCACGCCCGCCGCCCCCGCGGCCGCCCCCGCCGCCGCCCCCGCCACGCCGGCCGCCGUCAAGACGGAGGCGGUCGCCACGUCCGACGAGGAGAGCCUCAAGACGCUCAAGACGCGCAUCCGCGAGAAGCUGGCCGCCGUCAGCGCCGCCGCCGCCGCCUCGUCGCCGUCUUCCGCCAACGACGAGUCCUCGGCGGCGUCCUCGCCUCUGGCUCUCCACGGCAGGAAGUCCGUCAAGAAGCUGGCUGCGGUGAAGAAAGAAGACCCGGAUGGCGCAAAGGCGCUCCCCAAGAAGGAAGGUGUUUCUUCAGACGACGGCGGCGCCGACGCCGAGGACGAAUACGCCGACUUCGGCGAUGACGACGACGACGUGGACGACGGCGCCACCGGCAGCUCCUCCAGCGCCGGCCGCGUCAAGCAGGUGAAGAAGAAGCGCCGCCUGCUGAAGAAGGCGAGCUCGACGGCGGCGUCGCGGCGCAAGCAGGCGCCGGCCGACAGCGGCAGCGACUCGGAGCAGCGCGCGCGCCGCAUCCGGCUGUUCGGCUUCUGGUCCGGGCCCAAGCGCCACCGCGUCGCCUCGCUCAACGCCCUCGCCAAGGUGCACUGCCUGUACGAGAACGAGAGCCGCAGCGCGCUGCUGGGGGUGUGCGCCCUGCCGUCCCCCGGCAGCGACGGCGCGCCUCGCGCCGCGGCGCCCGUCCCGCCGUCCACGCGGACGCUGCGCUCGGUGCCCGGGCUGCGGCAGCCGGGCCGCCACUGGGACAUGCACAACGCCUCCUCCACCACCACCAGCACCUCCACCAGCUCCCCCAGUCCCAGCGGCGGAGAGUCCAGCUCGGGCGCCAACUCGUCGGCGGAGGAGAACGCGGCAGAGGCCCCCCGCGACGGCGGCUGCCCGCUGGCGGGCAAGAAGCGCGGGCUGCAGCGCCGCCCCCAGCAGCAGCCGCCGAAGAAGGUGGUGCGGCGCAAGCGGAACCGCGGCGAGCUGACAAUGGACCUGAAGGACAUGGUGGUGCGCAAGCGCAUGGCCUCGCUGAACGCGUCAGCCAUCCUGGCCGCCAGCUACUCCGUCGAGAAGCGGCCGCCGCGGCUGCCCGCGCCCGACGGCCGCAAGAAGCAGUACCGGAAGCCGGCCAAGCACAAGCACGGCGCUCCGCCCCCGGCGCCGCCUCCGCAACAGCCCCCGGGCCUUGACGUGGUCGGCAGCGGCGGCGUCAUCGAGCUGCGAACCACGUCCUCCACCACUUCGCCCAGCAAGAAGGUGGCGAUGAUCCAGCUGAACCAGGACACGGACGUGUGCAUCACGGGCGUCUACGUGAACAGCACGACGCGCUCGACGCGCCACGAGGGCUACUGCAGCAUCGCCGGCAUGCAGUACCGCAUCUCCAGCACCAGCCACACGCAGUCCGAGGCCACGACGGUCGCCACCGAGACGACGCUGCAGGUGCACGCCUCGGACCACGCGGCGGAGGCCGCGCCCGCGCCUGUGAAGUCUUACACGCCGCUGGGGGCGCUGUCUUCCAUGCAGCCGCCGGGGCACCCCUCGCAGCCGGCGGCGGCGCCGCCCCCGCAGCAACGCUCGUGCCUGUUGUGGCAGACGAUGCCUGAUGCGUGGCUGCCCGCGGGGCGCCGGUGUGUGGUGUCGCCGCUGCGGCGCUCGCACUACGGGCAGCACGCGGCGCCGCCCCCCGCCCCCCAGCCGCCGGCGUCGCAGCAGCACGGGCACGGCCCCCAGCCCCCGCACGGCUACCAGCAGCCCGGCUGCGGCUCCGGCGCCUCCGCCUUCUCCGCGCCGCCCUCCUACGGCCCGCCGCCCCCGCACCACCACCAGCAGCCGCAGCCGCAGGACUACAUGCACGGUGAGUACCGCCUCCACUCUCUCACUCUGUCCGGCCAGGGACCGGCCUUCAACGUAAAGGUGAAACUUAACUUCGCCCACAAGAGGCGUUGUAUAUCUGGCUUACAGCUCAUUCGGUGUAAAUUACAAGCUACUUUCUCUCCUGGAUCAGCUGUCUUCACACUUGUAGCCUGA